AAAGUUCUUGGGAAUUUUAGUUUUCUGGUUGAGCACUUCCCCAAAUAAGUCAUGGCUUAUAUUCUAUCCACUUCAUCAACUUCAUUGGCUACCCUCUCCUUCAAUUCUGGGCUCAGAACAACAACCACUCACCAGAUGAAGAAACUGUCCACAAUGGGAAGUUCUGUAUUUAGCGGGCUAAAACAUAAAACCAAAGUUCAGUUGAAAAAGACAACAAAAGUGACAUUUACACGCUCUGCUGGCUUCAAUACUACAAUCUCUUGUUCUGUUGUAAUAAUUUCUUUCUCCCAUUUUCUCCUGUUAAACACUUCUUUCUUGUCUCUUGUUUUGUUGGCUUCUCUUAUGUGUUCCCUUUACUGGGCGAAGGCUCAUCCAGAAACUCUGCAAAUUGUACAAUGCACAAUUGCAAAGCAACUUUCUAUUGAUGAAACCACUGUGACUCCGCAAACUAAAUUUUCAGAUUUGGGUGCUGAUUCUCUUGACACUGUUGAAAUCAUGAUGGCUUUGGAAGAAAAGUUUGACAUUUCUAUUGGAGAAGGAGGAGCUGAGAACAUCUCCACCGUCCAAGAUGCUGCUGAUCUGAUUGAGAAGGUGAAGACUUGUUCAACCUAAACGAAGCUGGGGUCAAACCAUAACUCUCCUUUCAGAUUUUGACAGAAAAUUGCUAUAGAAUGCUUAAUUUCUAAGGAAGUGUCAUCCUAGCAUUUACCUCUUAAUUUCCUCAAAUAAUAAUUGCUCUUUUAGUCCUUUGAACUGAACAAAUUGAUUGCUUGAGGCCAUACAUCUUCAUGUAAUUAUUAAUCAUCUAUAUGAGUUAAUAGCUGAUGCAUGCUCAAUCUUUGGAUUAUGUAUGCAUAAAGAUAUGUUACUAAGCACCACGGGUCUAUAAAAAGCAGAAACAUAUAUUUAUAUACAAUAACUAUUUUCAAGCUUCAUUGAGUUCACCAAUAGAGAUCUGAGAGUAUAGAAGUCAUAUUUACAACAGCCAAGAAAUCAAAAAAAAAAAAAAAAAAA